CACAAAUGAGACUGUGUACCUAUUUUGCAUCCAUAUCCAUUCGUUCAAAUCCCACCUCAGCUCCUUUAAAGUUCGAAUCUUCGCAAACUCACCCUGCAACUACACAAAACUACUUUACUUUCUGCUUGUUUUGCAAGGCUUCACUUCACAAGGCUCAUAAUCUCAGCAUUCUUUGCUACCAACUAUGGUUAAAAGUAAACCCUCCCAAAAGCAGAAUCCCCAAAACAACUUACACCAGACACAACAUUUCAAGGGAGUGAGAAUGAGAAAAUGGGGGAAAUGGGUUUCGGAAGUGAGAGUGCCCAAUUCCAGAGCCAGAAUUUGGUUGGGAUCUUAUGAUUCGCCCCAACAGGCUGCUCGCGCUUAUGACUGUGCUGUGUAUUGCCUCAGAGGAUCUCAAGCCAAGUUUAAUUUCCCCGACUCUCUGCCAGAAAUUCCAUCCGCCUUUUCAAUAUCUCCCACACAAGUUCAAUCUGUUGCGGCCAAAUUUGCCUUGACUGCGAUUCCAGAGACGCUGGACUGUACCGCCGGAUUUUCUGGUUUGGAAUCGCAGUCCUGUGUAGACGAGCACAAAGUUUCAGAGGAGCCGGAUUGGACUCUUUUGGACUCACUUCUUCAAGAUAUUGAAAGCAACCACUCUCUAAAUUUUGGGGAUUUUCUUCCACCAAGCGAGGCUGCAGAGGACGUUGAUAAUGAAAACAAAGAGGGAUUUUUCUCCAAAAAAAAUAGAUAGAAGACUAGUGGGAUUUCCAAAUUCAAAUUUACUAAUGUUUGAAUUGCAUGCUAGGUUUCACAUCGCUGGGAAAACUGCAAUUCUUCAAUCUUUUUCUAUACUUACUGUUGAUUUAGAGUAUUCCGUUCUUUGUAUAUAUUAUGAUUUCUCUCAAAAACAAGUAUAGCAAAUUAGACACACAAUUAUAUAAUUUAAUAGAAGUUACUGGAAUCUAUAUGUCAAAAUUGGCUAUAGUUGAGCAAACUUCCUGUCAGAACUAUGUGCACUCCAAGCUCUCUGCUUUGAAACGGAGGAUUAAAAACUGCGGCGUAAAAAGCUUUAUUGAAAGAAAGGGUUCGUUCAAACCCUAGGUCUGCUGCAGACGUCCAAUUAAUAUUAUGCACAAAUGCAGUUAGUAAGGCAGGAAUAGAAUAACUUAUAAAGGCAGGAAUGGAAUAACACUUACCUACUGCCUCAGAAGGAACAAAGAAUGGUGUUGAAAUCCCCCAAGUCUCCAUCUACAGAAGAUGAUACAGUCUGAAGAGGAUGCUGGUAUUAGCGUCUAAGGCAUUGGAGUCGAGGAAGAGAUAAAAGAACAGACCCGCCAAAGUUAAAUCCAAAGAUCGAAUUAAGGGUAAGUUAAAUCUGUUGAAUUUCAGCGUCUUAUGAUGCUAAGAUGUUAAGCUGUUUUCUGUAAUACAUUCUUUUUUACAGAAGUAAUUAUGCAUGGUUUAUUUUCUUGUAUUAUUUUACAGCAGUCUUCUUUAGUUAAAGUCUUUGAAAGAGAAAAUCAGCUUCAAUGUUGAGGUCAAUAAACAAAUGUAUCAAGUUCAGUCUCAUGUUAAAGAUCACAAUCAAUCCUUACUCAAAGCUACGAAGAUCUUUGCGGAAAACUUUGUGCUUGAUUCCCUUGAAGAAAGAUGACAACUUUCUUAUUGUAAUUUUCAAGUUUCACUUAUAUUGUUCCCUUUGAGGAUUUUGUUCAA